UUGGAAUCAAAGGGUUGUAAACCAAUUGAUUGUAUUCUUCUUGAAUCAAUAUUCCGAAUCGUAUGUUUGGCUUGUGAUAAAGAAGAUGAUUUGCAAAAACUAAACUUUGGAGAUUUGCACAAAUCUUGGUGUCGAAAUUGCCAUAACUUGCUUGAACUUUCGAUUUCUCACAUAAGAUUUCGAGGAGAUUCGGUGAACACUGGAGAGGAUAAACAAAUUGCUGCUAGUUUACCGAAACCGAAGAAAACUUUGGAUAAAUUCAGUAAAUCAAUGAUUGAAGAAGGACAAGGUUUACCGAAUCAAGGAGCUUGUGAGCAUUAUAAGAAAAGUUUUCGAUGGUUUAGAUUUCCGUGUUGUGGAAAAUUAUAUGCUUGUGACACUUGUCAUGAGAUAAAAACAAAUGGUGAACAUGAAAUGAAACAAGCAAAUCGAAUGAUAUGCGGAUACUGUAGUAAGGAACAAUUAUUUUCGAAGGAUAAGCCUUGUAUUGGAUGUGGUGAAGAGACAACUCGUAGAAGAACACAAUUUUGGGAGGGUGGAAAAGGGUGUAGAGAUCAGUCGAAGAUGAAUAAGUAUGUUUUUUGUUUUGGAAAUUUCCACAUCAAUCUUUUUUUUUGCAGAAAUGAUGGACAUAAGUUUGCUAAUAGUCGAAAGAAAACUGUUGCCAAAACAAAAGUCGCUGAACUCGCCACCAAAAAAUAA